AAGGAAGGACGGGGGGGGGGAGAGGGGGAAUUUGUUAUUGCUGUGGCUGUGAAGAAUUCAUUUCUGUCGCAAUUAAACUUGCCACGCUUGGUUGUUGUUGCGUCGGAGCCAUCGGAGUCAGAUGGUGGAGGAGCUCUGAGCAGACUGCCCAGCGACACCAACAACACGCCCCCUCCGUGUUACUUGCUCGGCUGUUGUUUUUUAUUGGUUGCAUCCCCUGCUGCUGCUGUUGUGUCUCCUCUUCCACUCUUCCUCUCUCACCUUUUCCUACUCUCAGCUGCUGCUUCACCUUUGAUGGAGUUCGCAGCGCGAGGAGGCUUCUAGAUUCUGGACGUGAGUCCGCGGGGUACCGAAGAAGCUGUGCAGGAGGAGCUGACGGACUAUUUGUCUUUCGUGGAGAUCAGUUGGGAUCGAGGGUUCUCCGAUCACAAAAAUUAAUGAACGGUUCUUGAGGCACAAGUUGUGCUAGCAGAUUCUGUUUAUGACAUUUUAUCUGAGGAACACGUGGGUUGCCGCUUGCCAGCAAUCACCAAGUCUUCUUUUAUUCGAUCAUCUGCACACCCUAAACUUAUACUCACAACAGCCGGGAGAAGUGGUGCUCUCUCCGCUAUGUCGUUCUAGUCAGGGCCAUUGUAUCUGGGCCUAUUACACCUCUGCGAUUCAUUACACGAAGUAAACCACUUCAAGAUGUACCUUUACUUUCAAACAAUGAGACAGGCUGUCACAUGUCCUGUUCUGGCCUGACAAGUCUUCACAACCUUUCAAGCUCUUACAUACUGGCAGUUUAUGGGGAGGUCGAUGCAGUUUUGUAGUAUGCACUUCAACCCGGAAGUUACCCUGCACCUUUAGAAUGUGAUAAGAAACUUCCUUCAAUUUUAUCAACAUCUGUUGUGAAAGCUGGUUUUGAUCCUCUUGCAGUCAUGAUGAUCGGAAGCACAGACUCCACCUCGGUUGACAGUAACUCAAAUGCAAUGGUUACUCUGAGAUCCGGGUCGUUGUCAGUCGAUAACGUUGGCCUCCCAAUUUUGGACAGCUUGAAUUCUACGGCUGCCCUGACUGGGGGAUUGAGUGAAGCAUCAUGGAAUGCAGGCUGGGACGUACGACCUGCUCGUUGGUUGUAUGGUCGUCACUCAGCCUGGCUUCUCUUCGGUGUCUGUGCUUGUUUCACAGCAGCCGCUGCACCAUUAAUUAGUGCCGCAUCGUCCCCUGUCCUGAUCGAAGCUGUUGGAGAUACUAUGUCUUCAUCUACUGCACACGCAGAAGCUGAGGUUGAACAUGCGGAAAUCAUUCAUUCGACUCCUGAGAGUGAACAGCCUGUACAUGGGAAGGAAAUUAUUACCGACUACACGGUUACUGGAAUUCCUGGAGACGGAAGGUGUUUAUUUCGUGCUGUGGCACAUGGCUCAUGUUUGCGCAGAGGAAAAGCUGCUCCAGAUGAAACAGCUCAACGCGAUCUGGCUGAUGAGCUUCGUAGUAAAGUUGCCGAUGAGCUAAUUAAGCGGAGAGAAUCUUCAGAGUGGUUCAUUGAGGGAGAUUUUGAUCAGUAUGUCGAGCGAAUGCGCCAGACUUAUGUGUGGGGUGGUGAGCCAGAGCUUAUCAUGCUCUCCCACGUACUCCAAAUGCCGAUUACAGUGUACAUGAUUGAGGAGAAAAUCAGAGAAGGCUUGAUUUCCAUAGCUGAAUAUGGUCAGGAACACAGCAAAAUUGAGCCGAUUCGGGUUCUAUAUCAUGGAUUUGGUCACUACGAGGCUCUGCAGAUUCCUAGUAUAAAGGCGGCUUGGAAAUUCUAGACUAGACAUUUCAGGCAGGUAGAAAAUUCACGGCAUUAUUUGUUACGCAAAGAGUUGGAGCUGUGAUAUGCAUGGCUUAUAGUGGUGGGGGAUUCCCCUCCAGCGACAUCCAUUGAUUUGAUUCUUUGAAGAGGCCCGACGUGGGCAUUACAGUAAUUCUUUUCUUCAUAAUAAUAAUGUGGGCUUGUGACCUGCUGAGAUUCGAUGCAGAAAGUUUGAAA